AUGCCGAACCCUGUCGCAGCCGUUUCUGCACAGCAGACUCCACCACCACCAUUGCCGCCGCCGUCCAGGCCUUUGGGGGAUCAGGACAGAGAUAACAGUGCUGAUGAAUCUUGGUCAGCAGCUGAUAGCGAUAAUGAUCGCAUCAAUCAGAAUGGCACUCGUGCGCUGAAGCGCAAACGUCCCCUCACUGUAUCGUGCGAACUCUGUAAGCAGAGAAAAGUGAAGUGUGAUCGAUUGGAAGAAGUCAUCCAGACCCAGGCUCGCCUCAUUGAGACUCAUAUACUGCAGAAUCCGCCGCGAUUGAAUCCCGAACUUCCUCAGCCAGCUUCUUAUUCAUACAGUUCCCCGUCCGAACCUUCUGCCGCCCACGGACCGAGUCCUCGCAAUGCAUUCUACUUCCAGGAACCGUCCUCCGUCCCAGUUCCUCGUCAAUCCGAUGCCUCUAUCACUAGUCCCUCGGAUAUCUCCUCUAAAGCCACAAUGCAUAACAACAUCCAUGCUGGAAUGCAUUCAGCUACCCUGUCACAGGUGACAGCUUCAGUACCACAUAAUGACUAUACAGGCAACGAGUCUUCUUUAAAAGUACCGGUCAACUUGUUCUCAAACCAGGAACAGUCUUUCGCAGACCCGGAGCUGGAUCUUCCUCCGUAUGACUUGCUGUACGCAUUAGUCGACUUGUACUUCGAACACAUCAACUCAUGGUGCCCGAUCUUACAUCGUCGGACUACUUUGGAUACUUUCUUUGGCCCGUCUCCGCUCGAGGAAGCUGACCGCAUGGUCCUGUAUGCGAUCGUCGCGACCACUUUGCGAUUUUCCAACGACAGCCGACUGAAUGAGCAAAGCCGCAAGCGAUAUCAUGAUUCAUCGAAACAAAAGGUCCUCCUCUACGGCCUGGAGAACUCGAGCGUAAAGGCACUCCAAGCCUUGGUGGUCCUAGCGCUGGAUCUUGUAGGAUCGUCCAAUGGCCCUCCAGGAUGGAAGCUGCUCGCCUUGAUCACCCGGUCCGUCGUCCAAUUGGGCCUAGCCGUCGAGUCAAAAUCGUCCCUUAUAACCCCCGUUUAUCCAUCGAUAUACACCCUUAGAGCAGUUACUCUCCCCGAACCAGAGUCCUGGGUUGAAGAAGAGGGUAGGCGCCGUCUAUUUUGGAUGGUUUAUCUUUUGGACCGGUAUUCCACUAUUGCAACCGCGUUCGACUUUGCGUUGGAUGACAAGGACAUCGACCGCAGGCUCCCAUGUAAAGAGGAAUUUUUCACGAAGAACCAGCCGGUAGAAACCAGAUGGUUUCACCAUUCCAGUGAUCAAGCUGAUUACCUCAACCGCGCCGAGAACGUUGGUUCGUUCGGUCUAUAUGUGGAAAUCCUUGGAGUUCUGUCCCGGAUCCACCUGUUUUUGAAACGACCUGUGGAUAUCGGGGUCCUAUCUGAUGUUGAGGAAUGGCAAGCAACCUACCGCAAGUUAGACGCUGAACUGACGUCCUGGGAGUUUGGCUUACCGACUGACUAUGCCUACGAAAACUCGUCUCGUUUGUUCAACGGAUCCAAACAUAGCAAGAGUCUUCACUGUGACUGGGUGAUGCUUCACGCGACCUACCAGACUGCGGUUAUCCGACUGCAUUCAUCGGCUGCAUAUCCGACGACACGAUCACCCAUCUUCACCCCGUCGUACAGUGCAAGUCAGCGUUGUUUGCUUGCCGUUGACAACAUCUUGUCUAUCACUCGGUUUGUUGUGGACAAUCAUAUGCUGGACAAACUCGGUCCCCCGUUCGCAUUUACUCUCUGGGUUUCGGCUCGUCUGUUGCUGGUCCACGGUUCAACCAUCGCCCACACUGUGAGCCCCGAUAUUGUCUUUUUUGUCGAUACUCUCGCCCAAAUGGGAAGGCAUUGGAAGGUGGCGGAGCGUUACAGUACGAUCCUGCAACGCGUUCUCGACGAAUAUGGCGAGUACCAGCAAUCUGGUGCUGAUGAUUCCGAGCGAGCUACACCAUCGACUGUGAAGAUUUUGGCUGACAUGCGUCGAUGUGCUUUUGAUUUGGAUUUUCUGAUAUCCCGACAACCUCGCUCCUCGCCAGCGGGUAGCCAACCAGCCGUCCCAGCGUCGACCAUACUGCCACGAAACCUCGCUCCGAACGAAUUAGAGUAUCUCGAUGUGUUUGGCUUCUUCAACGUCCCUCGUGUUCCCGCUACCAGGGCUUCCGACAUUGCGACUCUCGACAUGAACGAGCCGGUGAACAACCCAAUGUCUAUCCAUGGCCUGACCGAGAGUGGUACUGCCAACGCUGUCGUUGACGGGACUACAGCAAACACGAAUGAAUUCAAUAUCACGAACUACUUGAUCCCCACACCAGAGACGGAUUGGUUAUUCCGGUCGUCUGGAGGAUAG